GGCCAGUGUGGCUAUUUCAGGGCGCGCGCCACCCGGUCGCCUCGUUCUGGGCUCCGCGCUCCAGCUUUUGCUAAUUCCCAGCCUCUUCUGCAGCCCCCGCCAGCAUGGGCCCGGGCCCUCGCUCGCUGAUCGCCGCCCUCCUGCUGCUGCUCUCUGGGGUCUGUACCGUGCGCUGUGACACACCUGCCAACUGCUCCUAUCCUGACCUGCUGGGCACCUGGGUCUUCCAGGUGGGCCCCAGCGGGUCCCAGCGCGACACGAACUGCUCGGUUAUGGGACCACAAGAAAAAAAAGUAGUGGUGCACCUUCGGAAGUUGGAUACAGCAUAUGAUGACCUGGGCAAUUCCGGCCAUUUCACCAUCAUUUACAACCAAGGCUUUGAGAUUGUGUUGAAUGACUACAAGUGGUUUGCCUUUUUUAAGGAUGUCACUGAUUUUAUCAGUCAGUUGUUCAUGCAGCUGGGAACUGUGGGGAUAUAUGAUUUGCCACAUCUGAGGAACAAACUGGUUAUUAAAUAGAGCAUCUGUUGAGGGGCUCUUUUAAACUCCCAGCCAAGAAAAGACUUUGGGGCUAAGAGACAGAGCAGCGUGCAGCAGUGGACCUACCUCUGGCAUCUAGCAGAGGCCUCUGGCAGCUACAGUCCCUCUUGGAGUCUUUAUUUGCAUGUAAAAUGCAGAGGAGUCCAGAGGAGUCCUGGUGACCUACCUCCAAGGCAGCUGCCCUCCUGAACAUUUCCUUGGAAAGCAGUAACUGCCAUUUUGGAAUGUGAACAACCAGAGACUACACAGGAAAAAGAAAGAAACAGUCUAGAAGAGAUGAAGUCUAGGUGGCUUUUUAAUAAAAGGAACAAUAUCAACAGAUUAAAAAUUUUUUUUCCUCUUUUGAAAUCUCUUCUAUUGAAAUGAUUCCUCUAAACUGGUCAGGAUUUGAAUUUUGUGUUUUGUUUUAUUCACAGUACAAAUUUUAUUCGCAGCUCAGUUGUCUCUUCCUCUAAUUACUUUGAGGAACCCCAGAACUUAUUGUAAGGAGGGAAUAAGAUCUUUUGAGAUGCACAGAUAUAAGUUAUUAGAGGAAAGAUGUUCCUUUGGAGGACGUGUUUGAAGAAGGGAAGAAAGAGGCUUUCUCAGAGAAGCCAGAUUGCUAAAGAGUUAUCCUUCUGCACAUUAUAGACCUUCAAUACCUGUGUCUGAUACCUUUUUUUUUUUCCCCUUUUUUGAUUAGGUGCCAAACUUGUGCUAAGAACUUGACAUAAGUUAGAAAAAUCCUAUAAAAUAGAUAUUACUAGUUUCAUUUUAUAGAUAGAGAAAAUUAGUCUCUGCCAGUGCUUGAGCUCAUAUGGCUUCUAACUGUAAAAUGUUAAACCUAGCCUUUCCAGCCUAAAGAUUUCCCUGGGGCUAAAGAGUAAAGAAAAGCCAUUUCACAAAGAAGUAAAUGGUAUUUAGAGUUACCUUUGGUUACAUUUCCUGGUGAAUUCUAGUCUGUGCGCAUCAUGAAUGUUAGUUUAAUGGAACAGACUAUGUGCUGCCCUGGCUGUUGUUGAAGUCCUAGGAAAAGAAUUGCCUUGAGGCUUGGGUUUCCUUACCAGUUAGGCUUCUCCCUUUCUUGCCUGAACCAGGAUCUUCUCAUUCAAGAUAAAAAUUUACCUUCACCUUUCCUUUGUAGUCUAGAAAAUUGGAAAAAGAGCUUUGUAAACUUCAAGUUAAGUAUCUUUGCCAAAUUUGCUUCUCUUAAAUGCACUAUUGUUCACAAGAAUUGCUAUCUUUUAGCUCUUUCUUGCCAAAUAAUGGACUUCUUUCCUCCUCACUUGAUUUGGAGCUGACUUAUAUCAGCCUUGGUGAAAUGAGGGGUAACACCUAAUCCAUAUUAUCUCAGUGGAUUUUUGUUCUGCAUCGCUGCUUGAAUAGAAGACUCUUUCUCUAGAUAGUAGUUAUCAUUACUUUUUUAUACCAUCUUAGAAGUACUGUCCUGCUGCUGUUCUGGUAAGAAAUAUCUCAUACAGAUGAGCCAGUAGUGCAGCUGACUGCUCUUACCUGGAUACUUUGUUUCCAACCCACCUCUGGAACUGAUUAAUGCUUCAUCAUUCAAGCCCUUGAUCCCACUUCUCUGUGAAACCCCUCCCAGCUCUCUUCAUCAGUGGGAGAAAUGCCAUUACCUUGUUCCUGCUGUACUUUGCAGAUACCUCUGGUUUCAUACUGGGUUGUGAUGGAAUGAUUUGAUAGCGUGUUUUCAUCUUCUUUCAGACUGAAAAUAUGUAUUUUUCCUUGUAUAUUUGCAGCACCUAAUACACUGGGAAAUUUAUAGGUGCUUAGAAAAUGAACCACACUUCUCUUUUCUUUUUGUAGACUUUUCACAAGCAAUACCAGCAUACGAAAUUAAUGUUACAGGGUUUUAGAAACACAAAUCAGGAAUGGUGCUAUAUUUAUCUUUUUUGAUUCUCUGCCCUAAGACAUAUCAGGUUACAAGCCUCUAGAGUUCUAAAAGAGUUGUAUAUUUUCAAGAUGAUUUUCAGGAUGUAAAUACAGCCAAGCAACCAAUAUGUAAAAAAAAAAAAUGUAUUUAAUGUGGAAUUUUUAAAAAAAUUACUGAAGGUUUUAUAUGUUUUUCUGAGUAAAUGUGCAUCAAUGUGUUUUGAUUAUAGCAGAGAAGAGUUACAGGGCACAGAAGUGCAGAUGUAUGUGAAAAGGCUUUACAGUAUACUAGUGCUUAGCAUUCUGUCAUAAUUGAACGUUUGUCUUCGCUUCUGGUCUCCAAACUCCAUUAGGGCAGGGAUUAACUCUGUAUUAGUAGCCAUUUUAUUUCCUAUGUAUAGUAUAAUAUGUGACAAAUGACAGGCCUUCAAUAAAUAUUUCUAAAAGAAAAUUGAA